UGUUGUUGUUUUAUUUGUAGCAAAAUAUUGUAAUUUGUACAAAUUGAAUGAUUUUAGAUUUGGUGUGUUAUAAGUAGAAAAGUAGAUUUAACACAAGAAUUAGUGUUCAGAUCACUGGUGAAUUGAGAGCUGCAGCAUCAAUUGUGACUAUGCAAUCUUUUAGUUGUUGCUUCUGAGGUGUCCCUUACUCAUACCCCCGAUCUGAGAGUGACGGACAGUGUUGUGACUUCCAUGGCAUAUUCAGGGCCAUUUGAUGCCCUUGUGACCCCCCAACUCCUGCUUAAGGGGGGCCAGCAGGCUGGAGCGGAUCCGACCAUCGACGAGAUCGUGCGGUCCCAGAUCAGCCACCAGGCCAGCAUCCCCAUGUCUAGACAGCCCACCCAGAGGCACAUCCUGGAGGUGUCCGCAGCACAACAGAGGCAGCAGGAUGUGCUCACCCAGGCACGUAGACAUGGAGACAAAUCAGGUAAUUCCAUUCGUCAGCACCCUAACCCUUUUGAUGAACAAUAUACUCAUGCCAAAAACAGCCGACCUCGUGCUCAUGUGCCUGAAACUUCAUUUAACAAUUAUGAACCUCUUGAUAAUCACAAAAAACCCCCACCCCCACCUGAGGAGCACUUGCCCCCCUCACAAGGGGAUGCCACUGAGGAAACCACUGCCAAGGAGGAGCCAGUGAUGGAGGAAGAGGAGGAGAUUGAUCAUAGAAAACAUGGCCACAAGGGAAAACACAAGGAGAAAGGGGGAAGAAAGAGCAGAAUGGUUGAAGAAACCAAUGUUUUGUACCAGUUUUCACAAGAAAAGAGAGUUCCCUCAUAUGUACCAACUUGUGUGCAGGAAUCCAUUAAUCCCAUAGAGUUAGCACUGGAGAAAAAAUUCUCCGUCGUGAUUCCGCAAGAAAAUAAUGUUCCAUUUCUGACAACGAGGGAGAUUAAAAAUCCAGGCAGGGAAAUUAAAAAUCUGGGCAGGCUAAUUUUGCGUAGAGGGUCAAUUCAAGAUCGCAGUACUUUCCAGCGUAAUUGUUUUCCUCAGUUUAAGUCUGAUCUGAGGAAAUCUUUUGAAGUCUUCUCUUCUUUCACUGGUAUUGAAGCCUUCCUGAAUUGGGUACCUGCGUUUCGAGCUGACAUUUCACUUUCACUUCUAACUGUUGAUGCUUUCUAACUUCUUGGUUUUGUUUUAUUUCAGUUUAAUUUCACACUACUUUUUUUUUAUAUCUAUUAUUUUUUUGAGAUUUACAGCAGUUUCAGGGUAAACAACUUUAAAAAAUAUAAUUUUAUAUGAAUACUAAAACACAAAAAAUCUUGUCA